AUGCCUGGUGCAAGCGUUGCAGUGCUCCCCCCGCCAGCGGCAUCGACUCCGUCCUCGCGGAAGGCUUCUAUGGCACCCGAACGCAAGUACAAGUGCCAGUUCUGCCACAGAGCUUUCAGCAGGAGUGAACAUCGCAGCCGUCAUGAGCGUUCACAUACCAAGGAGCGUCCCUUCAAAUGUAUGAAGUGCCGCAGUACUUUCGUUCGCCGAGACCUCCUUCUUCGCCAUGACCGCACUGUCCAUGCCAAGGAUGGCGGUGUUCCUCUGCACAGCGACGGCAAGCGUCGUGCUGGUCCCAAGACCCGCAAUGUCGAGCGACCCUCCAAGUCACAACUCGAGCUGGAUGCGUCGACAAUAGAACAGAUGGAAGCUGGCAGCGAUGGCCUCUUCGAUGUUGAGGCCGCCGCCAUGCUUGUUGCUGAUCUCCACCACAAGGCCACCGCUUCGAUGCGCGACGAGAGCUCUUUUGAGGACGGCCCUACCGCAGACUACUCGCCCCGUAAUGGGUCCAUGAACGAGUCAGCAGUCACCUACCCCUCGGGAGCGAUUGCUCUUCCCCAAGUCCAGUGGGACGGUUUCAUGCCUCAGACGGUCAGACAGCCCAAGGCCCAUUCCAUCACCUCGAGCGCCGGGUCCUUUGACUCUCCCCAGCACGCGCCCACACAGAGCCACGCCCCAUCUGGUCCGCUGCCUCCCAUGGGCGCUCACAGCGCUGACGGCUUCAUGCCCGCCCUGCAGGCCAUGAUUGGCGACCGCGGAACUCCGGUCCCUCAGAGCCCGUCGUCCGACCCCUCCCUCGCCGGCUUCAAGUCCCCGCAAGUCGCCAGCGAGGAGGAGCGCAACAUGAUUCUCGACAACAUUCGUCACAGCGACAGUGAGCGUGCCAUCCCCGACGGCUUCCGCUUGCCCGGUCUCGGCUCCAUCAACAGGUACUUGUCGACCUACUUUGGCCUGUUUCACCAUCACCUACCCUUCCUGCACCCGGCCUCGUUCAAGCCCACUCACGUGUCGCCGCCCCUUCUCCUGGGAAUCCUGAGCAUUGGCGCCCUGUACGCCUUUGACCAGGAUCAGGCCUACAUGUGCCACAUUGGCUCCAAGGUGUUGGUGACACAGUUCCUCCAGAACAAGGAGAACUUCAGCUCGCGCAAGUGUCCCUUGUGGACCAUGCAGGGAACGCUUCUUAACAUGAUCUUUGCUUCGUGGAGCGGUGACCCUAAGGGUCUCGAGUGGGCGUGUUCGAUCAAGAGUCUUCUUGCCAACAUGGUGGCUGGUAACCGCUACGAGCUUAAGCUUCGUCAGGAUGCCCGCAGUGGCGCCAAGCCCAGCCGCACUGAGUGGAUCGAGGACGAGGGAUGUCGACGUACCUACUACGCCGUUUACAUCUUCUUUGGCUUGCUGACCCUCUCGUACAACCACACGCCGGCCAUGAGCUUCAACGAGUUCGAGGAUCUCCAGCUGCCGUCGACGGAGGCCAUGUGGAAUUUGCAGGUGUUGGACGAGAACACCUGGCUUGAGCACCUCAACGCCUCGAGCGAGUCGACCUUCAUGAACUCGCACGACCAGCUCUUCCAGGGUGAGGCGCUUAAGUACAGCGCUUUUGCGUCUCGCGUCAUGAUUAACGCCCUUUUCCUCGAGGUCUGGUACCACAAGCGCAGCCCCGAGGCUCUCCAGGACGUUGUCACCGAGUACAAGCUAAGGCUCGCCCUCGAGACGUGGGAGAAGUCGCUCGACCUCUGUGAGCCCGAGACGGCGGUGCCCCUGAGCGCCCCCCACAAGGGACAUCCCUUGAUCUUCAAUGCUAAGGCCCUGUACCGCAACGCUCGCGCCAGGCUCGAGGUGGACCUCAAGACUGUGCAAGAAGCUCUCCGUUACCACGACCCUUACGAGGUGGCGGCCGCCAUGUCUCACGCCCGUGACCGCGUAAAGCGUAGCGGCGAGAUGCUGCAUGUCAUCCAGGAAUGCUACGACUGCCUCGAGAUCGCUGUGCAGCAAGGCCUCCGCUGGGUCGCCAGGACCUCGCCCACCAACUGGAGUAUCGAGCACCCUCUGUGCGGCCUCGACCUCAUGAUCAUCCUCUCCCUGUGGCUCUACCGUCUGGAACAUGACGAGGAAGCCGCUUCGGAGGAGGAGCUGGCCAUGUAUAACAAGGUCCGCAAGCUCCUGAUUAAGGAUGUUGACGAGAGGUACAUGACACAACUGAGUUCUGUUGUCGCGAGGCUCUGGGGCUCGAUGCUCGAUGAAGUUGUUGUAUGGGGUAUCACCCGUCUCAUGGGAGAAUCUAUCAAGCUCCAUUCCCAGGCCCUAGUCGGCUACGUCGACGACCCUGAAGCUUCCUCAAAUGUCUCUACCCCUUCGAUGACUUCGCAGGGGGCAGACGAGGAUAGCGUGUACUAA